AAAGAAUAGAGCAGAUGAUCAUGGCUUCAAUCUGCAUUAAUGAUGCUUUAACAGACGACGAGCUGAGAUGUGUAUUAUCCAAGCUAGACAGAGACAAGGACAAGGAAGUGUUUAGUCUUGUCUGCAAGAGGUGGCUAUAUCUGCAGAGUACAGACAGGAAAAAGCUGGCGGCACGUGCUGGUCCUCACAUGCUUGGCCGUCUCGCCUUCAGGUUCACUCAAAUCGUGGAACUGGACUUCUCUCAGUCAACCUCUAGGUCGUUUUAUCCAGGUGUCACUGAUUCUGACCUCACUGUUAUAGCCGAGGGGUUCAAGUGUCUCAGAGUUCUCAAUCUGCAUAACUGUAAAGGUAUUACAGACACUGGGUUAGCCUCAAUUGGAAGAUCUCUUUCCUUACUGCAGUUUCUAGAUGUAUCAUACUGCAGAAAGCUCUCAGACAAAGGUGUCUCAGCUGUCACACAAGGCUGCCCUGACCUAAGAACAUUGCACUUAUCUAAUUGCCGUCUCAUCACCAACGAGUCUCUAAAAUCACUCUCUGAUCAAUGCCGUGACUUAGAAGCUAUCGUACUUCAAAGCUGCAACAAUAUCACUGAUUCAGGCCUUUCUGAUCUUGUGAAAGGAUGCAGAAAGAUAAAAACAUUAGAUAUCAAUAAAUGUAGUAACGUAGGAGAUGCUGGUGUCUCCUGUGUAGCUAAAGCUUGUGCUUAUUUCCUCAAGACACUAAAAUUGCUGGACUGUUACAAAGUUGGGAACGGAUCUAUAACGUCUCUUGCUCAGUUUUGCAAGAAUCUAGAGACUUUGAUCAUCGGUGGAUGCAGAGAUAUCUCUGAUGAAUCUAUGAUAUUACUGGUGGAUUCUUGUAAAGACAGUCUCAAGAAUUUGAGGAUGGAUUGGUGUUUGAAUAUAUCUGACUCUUCACUUACUUGUAUUCUGAAGCAGUGCAAGAACUUGGAGGUUCUUGAUAUUGGUUGUUGUGAAGAGGUUACAGACAAUGCUUUCUUGGAUUUGGGGAGUGGUGAUGUUUUGGGAUUAAAGGUUUUAAAAGUGAGUAACUGUCCAAAGAUCACAGUGAAAGGGAUAGGCAAGAUUUUGGAAAAAUGUAACUCCUUGGAGUAUAUAGAUGUAAGGUCUCUUCCACAUGUGACAGAGAUUGAUCCUACGGAUCUCAAGAGUUUCUAA